AUGGUCCUUGCUCUUUGCUUCCAACGCAACGACCCUCUGAACUCCACUAUCGCCGACCAGGGCGGACUCUUCGCCGGUAUCCGCUAUGAGGCCACCACAACUCGGUCCUUUAUAACGCGAAGAACGACGCUCUCUGCGCGCACACCGCAUCGUGUCGUGGCGCAAAUUGAAUGGAAUACCCUCGCGCGCGAUCGCGUCACCAUAGGCGGGAGAACAUUGUAUAUGAGCGACAUUUUGGCGAAAGGCGGGCCGUUUGGUAAAACGCAAGCAUGCUUCCCCGGUGGACCCGUUCUGCACGCUAAUGCCUGGAAGACUGCGGGCCGUGGCAACCUAGUCCUUGUGGAUGGGCAUGAUGGUGCCCUCGUCGCUCGUUCUUAUCGCCUCGGAAGGGGAUUCUUUGGGUUUCUCGGAGGAAAGAUGAUCCUCGAAAUUGAGAGUCGAGGCAUGGCAUCUGCUGACUUCAUAGUACUUUCGUUCGUAGUAGUGGAGCACCUGCGACGCACCGAGAACAAGAGACGAGCCGCCCUCGUCGCCAGUAGCGCUGCUUGA